AUGAAAGGAUUUCGCGACAAAGUCCAAGCACAGCUAACGAAGAGCAACAAGCCGCCAAAAAUCGGAAUACAAGAAUUCGAUCAUGAUGAUUUUGGACUAUUGAAGCGGUCCAACGCGAGGCUCCACCGACGAAAUCAAAGCAGCAUUAACCUCGAUGAGCCUUCCUUGCCUGAUGUGGUUGAAGGCAAUUUCUCUCUCAAACGGCCAGCAGCGAAGCUCAAGAAACGUGAUAGCUCAGACGAUCUCAUUGAACCAAUACCUGGCCCGUCUUUGCCACAACAGAAGCUCCAAAAACAUGAAGAGGACGAGGACAUUAUCGACGUAGCGCCUGGACCAUCGGUGCCACCAGCAAAGCUCAAGAAAUGCGACUCGAUGAAAUCGGACAGCGUUGCGAGUGAGCCUGCAGAACAGGAGUACAAGAUUGUGAGGAUUCCGGUCGGCAUGUAUGGCUGGAGAGAGGAACGCGUACCGGUCAAGCCGAAGAAGAAAUCAUUCGCGUCGAAGGCUUUCGGUAGCAAGUCACGAUUCUCUGUGUUCGGCGGUAGCAAACAAGCAGUGGAAGCAGACUCGUCGGUGCAGAGCCGCGAGUCCGUCGGUCUCGCAGCUAGCCACAUACCGGAGAUCGACAAUGUCAAUCUGCACGAAGCAACAAUCUCGGCGCAGGAAGAUCGAGCUGCUCAGGAUAUUGCUGUCCCGAGGAAACCGGUUCCCAGGGAAAAGGGAAAGCAGCCAGCGAUUGCAAAGGGAGAUUGGUCUGAGUUCGAUCAGCAGCAUAUUCGAUACGUUAUGGAGUUGAGCAAAAGACUCUCCGCGAGUCCCGUCGACAGCGGCAUAGGGCUGGAAGACGAUGAUAAUCAUACGUGGCACACUGCUCAGAGCAGAGCAUCCAUGAGUCCCAUGGCUGGUGGUUCUCACCAGCCUGAGAAUCCACAGGACGAUAUGGCUGAAGUACUAGCCCUCGAAGCCGCGUUACAACUUGAAAUCGAGCAACGACAGCAAGAAUGGGACAACCGGAUGAAAGCUAUCGCACUUCGCAAAGAGAAAGAACUGCAACGCAUCCGGCAAGAGGAACUCGAUCGCCUGCAGGCUCUUGAACUGCAGAGAGAAGAGGAAGCGCGUGUCGCCGCCGAAGAGGCAGAACGCAAUCGACCACGAGGCUGUGUCUGCUGCGGUGACGAAAAGCCUCCCGCCGAGUUUCCCGCGCGACCUACAACCCUAUCGUGCGAGCACGAAAACCACACCUGCGUAGAAUGUAUGCACAGCUGGCUGGCCGCGGAAUUCGAAACAAAGGGGACCGAAGAUCUGAAAUGCCCGGAAUGCCCUUGCAAACUCGACUACGAUGACAUUUUGGCACACUCGACACCGGAGACUUUUGAUUCGUACGAAAAGAUGCUAACGCGGAACGCCCUCUCAGCACUCGACGAAUUCGCAUGGUGUCUGUCCACCACUUGCAAUUCUGGGCAACUGAACGUUGAAAAUGCGUCCGGAACGUUCAUGGAUUGUGUCGGCUGCGGAUACAAGCAGUGCCUGACACACAAAGUCGCCUGGCAUACGGGUGAGACGUGUGAGCAGUACGAGUAUCGAACCUCAGGGGCGAAGGCGAAAGACGAAGAGCGUGCGACCGAGGCCAUGCUGGAUACUGUUAGUAAAAAGUGUCCAGGGGCGAACUGCGGAUGGAGGAUACAGAAAAUUGACGGAUGUGAUCAUAUGCGAUGCAAGAAGUGCAAGUUUGAAUUCUGUUGGAUGUGCUUGGCCAGUCAUAAGGAGAUUAAGAAGGUCGGAAACACGGCUCAUCAGACUUGGUGUACUGCGGGACCACGGAGGACAUAUCAUGCGCAGGCUUGGGAUAAUGAUACACAUAUGCCAGCCGACUUUUGA